AGCAAUAAAGAAGAGUACGAGCAACUAAAUCUAAUUCUAGAGGAAGCACCAAUAAAGAAAGCAAUUAAAACAAAUGAAGAUAAGCAAAAAGAGAUAAGAAGAGUAGAAAGUCAGAAUACAAGCAAAGAAAAAAGAGAAAAGCAAGCAAAGACAGAACUAGAAAAGAUUGGGAGAAAAAGAGACGAACUAAGAGAAGAACAAAUUAAAAACAAAGGAAAAAGAAAGAUAGUAUAUGAAGAAGACAAAAUAGAAAGAAAAGUACAAACAAAAAAUAUUAUCAUAGAAGCAGAAAAAGAAGAAAAUGAUAUGAGAUAUUAA